GAGUUGUAGUCCGCGGCCCUGAGGGGGCAGAGGCCGCCAUGGCCCUAGAGGACGCGCAGGCCCCCCUGGAUUUGCGGGGGGUCCUGGGGGACCAGGAGCUCCCCGAUGUGGGGGGGGGGCUGCCCGGAUUUGGGUCUGGGGUCCCGGGGGUGCCGUACCACGAGCGGCAGCGCCGGCAGCUCUGCGCCCUGCACGCCCUCAACAACCUCCUGCAGCGGCCCUGGCUCAGCCAGGCCCAGGCCGACCGCAUCUGCCAGCGGUUGGCCCCAAAUUCGCGGCCCAACCCCCACCGGAGCCUGCUGGGAUUGGGCAAUUAUGACGUCAACGUGGUGAUGGCGGCGCUGGGCAUGCUGGGAUUGGCGGCCGUGUGGUGGGACAAGAGGCGCCCCCUGGAGCGGCUGUGCGUGCCCCGCGUGCUCGGUUUCCUCCUCAAUGUCCCCUCGCGGGUGACGCUGGGGGCGCUGGCGCUGCCCCUGAGCCGCCCGCACUGGCUCUGCGUGCGCCCCUUCGGCCCCGCCUUCUACAACCUGGACUCCAAGCUGGCCACGCCCACCCGCAUCGGGGCGGAGCCGCAGCUCAGGGAGUUCCUGCGCUCGGCGCUGGCCCCGGCUCCCUCCGAGCUCUUCCUGGUGGUGUCGCGCGACGUGGAGGAGGCGGGGACGUGGCUGAGCCCCGAGUGACACCUGGGGACACCUGGGGACACCUGAGUGACACCUGGGGACACCUGGGGACACCUGAGUGACACCUGGGGACAGCUGGGGACACACCUGGGGACAGCUGGGGACACCUGGGGACACCUGGGCACACCUGGGGACACCUGAGUGACACCUGGGGACAGCUGGGGACACACCUGGGGACAGCUGGGCACACCUGGGGACACCUGGGGACACCUGGGGACAGCUGGGGACACACCUGGGGACACACCUGGGGACAGCUGGGCACACCUGGGGACAGCUGGGGACACCUGGGGGACACCUGGGGACAGCUGGGGACACACCUGCGGACACCUGGGCACACCUGGGGACACCUGGGGACACCUGGGGACACCUGGAGGAAACCUGGGGACACCUGAGUGACACCUGGGGACACACCUGGGCACACCUGGGGACACCUGGAGGAAACCUGGGGACAGCUGGGGACACCUGGGGGCACCUGAGUGACACCUGGGCACACCUGAGUGACACCUGGGGACACACCUGGGCACACCUGGGGACAGCUGGGGGACACCUGAGGGACACCUGGGGACACACCUGGAGACACACCUGAGGGACACCUGGGUGUCACUUGGGGACACUUGGAUGGCAUCUAGGUGGCACCUGUGGACACCUGCGCACCUCCGUGGCAUCAAAUCCAUCCCAGAAAGGAUUAAAAGCGAUCGGUGGCA